UAUGGCAUCCUUUUUGGACAAGCUAUUUGGAAAUUCCUAUUCCUGGAUUUGUCCAACAAGGGUGCUAUGGAGAACAAUUCCCAUUAGAUUAAGUUUAUUUAACGUAAGAAGGAGUCAAUAAUGUGUCCCACAGCUAUGAGAACACCUGGAAAACUCUGUUAAAGAACUUCUUUUCACAAGUACAGAUUCAACCCUAUAUUCACCACCUUAGGUCAUACUUUCAGUUGCAUUGCAUACUUUCAGGGGUAUAUUGCUAACUCCUGUAUUUCCCCUAUUUACCCCUGAAAGUAUGCAUUAUUGCUAACAGUAUGGCAUCAUUGCUUGUUUAGCUGUGGGACAUGCAGCCGCAAACUACAACGUACGAUAGGAUAGUUAAGAAAACAGUUACAACAAAUUACGAUACAUUUAUUAAGAUUAGUACACACAACAACUAUCAGCAUUAGUAAGGAGAACAACACCCCUCAACUGAACCAUAAGUGUGGCAUCACAUUUAGCUUUAUACUACACACUUAAACAAUUCAAUACACGCGAAAUGAAUGAUCCCUUGCUUCGUAAAUAUCCAACUAAUUAUUAACUGGAAUGAUGAAAUGAUGACACUUCUUUCAACAAACCUUGACGUGCGGUGGUUCUCUUUAACACAACCAAAAACCGCAGAACGACACUGCAUCGACGUCCUGGAGGAGAAUUUCAAUUUCUCGAUCGAUAAUUGAACACUGAGCGGGAACACAAACAAUUUAAGCUCUUAAUGGAACCAUUUACUUCGAUUUGAAAAUAGUGAUGUUUCAUUCAUUCUCAGUAGUCGUGCUCUAUUGAUCAAUACAGCGGCGGCAACAAUCGCCAUAUAUCGUGUCGAUUUGAAAGAAAGAAUGCUUACCAUGAAUAGUGAGAAACUAUGAUUUGCAAAAAAAAAACAAGCGAUCUCACCCCCUCGUCGUUCCUACCCCUUUACGAAUGUAAUUGUACGUUCCCGGUCUAGUAGUUAAUCGCCACUUAUCACACAUUAAAUUAACCUAAGCGCAUCAGAACUCUCUUCCGGCUGAGGAGUGGAGAUUGAACUCUCCCGUGUAUGUGCAACCCCCCACACCACGUGCAGGGAGGGGAGCCGCGCUAGUACGCCUUUUUCACAUUUUAUCGCAACAUAUCGGACGAUUCUGACCAGUCGAUAGGUAACGAUCACAGUGAAAUGACUUCAAACGCGUUCUAUUCGUCGACUACCGUCACGUGGGUGGUGGCGGCGAUGGGUGUCUACUGCCUCGUGUUUGGACCUGCGGUAGCUAAUGCACAACAAUCGCUCACACAAGCCGAUAUGGACGAGAUUGCCAAAGGAAUGAGAAAGGUGUGUACAUCGAGACACAAAAUUUCCGAAGAAAUGGCCAACUAUCCCAGCCAGGGCAUUUUUCCCGACGAUAACGAGUUUAAGUGUUACGUCGCAUGCCUAAUGGAUCUAACGCAAACAUCGAAAAAAGGAAAGCUAAACUACGAUGCAGCAGUGAAGCAGAUCGAGAUCCUUCCGGAAACGUACCGGCAACCGUUCCGACUGGGGCUUGACUCCUGCCGAACUGCAGCCGACGAUGCCACGGAUCGCUGUGAAGUUGCGUACAUACUGCUGAAAUGUUUCUUCAAAGCGAGCCCCAAAUUUUUCUUUCCUUAAGCUAAGAAAAAAAACACAAAGCCUAGUUUUAUUAAUAAAAGGAUCGUAAAAAAGCAGGCAUUAAUAUAUAGUCAAAAUAUUUAAAGCUCGAGCUAUUUUUCUGACGAUGGUCACACUA